UUCAGUUGUCCGCUAGAAUUCACAAUUAACGGUGACAAUCGGCCGAGCGUCGAGGUCUCUUUUAUUGUUUAAGUUCUUCGAGGCGUCUUCUUCUUCGCACAAUGUGAAAUUCCUGCAAUUUUCCAUUGAGUGCCCGUUUUUAUUUCUGUUUUCCUCAGUUCUAUGCAAAAGUGGAAUUUAAACGAGUUUUCGUGGUUGAUUUCGAUAUUUAAUCCGACACUUUGCGGUGGUGCCUUCCGAUCGGAUUGAAGUCAAAGAGAAUAAAGUCGCAGUGAAAAGGUGCUGGAAAGUUAAUCUGUAGCUUGACAAUCGCCGCUAGUCUGUCAGGGUGCCUUUCUGAAUUGAGGUUAUGUUCGGUACGUUGAUUUAUGCGGCUGCAGUGGUGAAUUUCCCAAAUCGUUUCUAGAAAUUUUUUUCUGGAUCAUGUGUUUAUUUAUCGUGGAAAUGAUGUUUCCCAUGAAAAUGUGUUUCUAACGCCCAGAAAGUUUGUGAGAAAUCAGUUUUACAGAAAAUCGUUUGCAGGAGAAUUUGGAAAAAUUGACUGAGACGCUUGUUUUAAGACUUGAUAACUUAGAUUAAACAGUUGGCAAUCGUCCAGGUGUUAAUCGGACAAGAUGUCAGAAUUUCCAGAUCAAACACAUGUUAAUCCGGCAACAGCCGCAAUGCUUGAAAAUUUUCACAAGAAAAGCGGCACGCUUGGUGCAACAACAGCCACCACAACGACAAAUACUCGACAAAAUUUAAUGAAUACAUCUAGCAGUAGUUCCAGUAGUGUUAAGGAAACAUCAUCAACGUCACAACAGGUUGUUAACAGUAGUAGUACAACGACUCGUGUAGCAAAAACAUCAUCGUCACAGCGCCUGCAUCACGUCACAUCAUCCACAUCUGAAAUGAAAGCACAUGCACUUCAACGUGACCUAAACGAUUUUAAAAAUUCCAUGUCAGAAAUCAACGAUUUGGCCAUCAAUCGGCCAAAGCAAACCCUCGGGGAGUUGAAGCUCAACGACAAUGCCGCCAUGAAUCAACUAAAGCAACAGAUUCGAUCAUCAUUAGAAAACAUAGUCGAUGACCCCAAGGAACCUUUGGUGACAUUUCCCAACGACGAAACCCCUAGUGAUGAUCUGAAAUUAGAUUUAACACAUGCCUUACCAGAAUUGACGAACGGACAUUUGACUGCUGGUAAAACGACCACUGUAGACACUGUAAAAUUUGAGGAGAAACGUAUGACGUCAGCAUCAAAAACAGAAGUCGUUACGGACGGUUUUAGAUCUGAACAGGCCACAUCAAAUUUAGCAGAAAUGAAACGAUUACAAGCUGGUGAUAUAGAUUAUAAGGAAGCAAAAGCAGCGGCAGCAAUGCGAAAUAGAACUGAAAUGGAUGGUAUUAAAACAGAACAAAAUGCAGCAAUACUUAAGGAAGCACGAUCUCUCAAGUCCAGUGAUGUUUCUCACAAUUCAUCCAAUAAUGUUGCCGCCUCCAGCAUCAAAGUUCAAAGUGAUUCAUUUAGUGCCGAACAGAGAGCAAUUGCUCAGGCACAACAAAUGCAAACCGUGUCGUCCUCCGGAGUUUUCAAUCAUGAACAGCACAUGUCAUCUGCUCGUAAUUACACAAUAAAAACACAAGAAGUGUGCAGUACAGGAAGCAGUAUGUCCACAUCAUCCUCACAACUAAGUUCCACAACAAUGAAUGGCAACUUCGAGAAAGUCACUUUUGAUGAUCUUGACAUGCUUUCGCCCAGCAGUAGUCCCAAAGAGAUCGAGGGAACUAUUAGAAAGUAUUCGACCCAUCUGCAUUCAUGUAUAGAGAACCUUAGAAGACCGGAACAAAUGAAAAAGGCUCCAAACGUCCUGAAUCAAAUAAAUGAGAUAAUCAAGAGAGCAUGGGCUGUUCCAACAUAUGGCCACGAACUAGGUUACAGCUUAUGUAAUUCCCUACGUCUGAAUGGAGGAUUAGAUUUGCUCAUGAAAAAUUGCAUGGCCAACGAUCAAGAGGUUCAGUAUUCGUCAGCUAGGCUCCUAGAACAAUGUUUGACAACAGAGAAUAGAUCUCAUGUGGUUGAAAACGGUCUGGAAAAAGUGGUAAAUGUUGCCUGCGUCUGUACGAAAAAUACUAAAACAGAUCACUCGAGAGUAGGGACUGGUAUUCUGGAGCACUUGUUCAAACACAGUGAGGGAACAUGCUCCGAUGUGAUACGCUUGGGUGGUUUGGACGCCGUCCUGUUUGAAUGUCGAAAGAAUGAUGUGGAAACAUUGAGGCAUUGCGCUGGAGCAUUAGCAAACUUAAGUUUAUACGGUGGUGCUGAGAAUCAAGAGGCAAUGAUAAACAGGAAAGUACCGAUGUGGUUGUUCCCUCUAGCUUUCCAUGACGAUGAUAACAUCAAAUAUUAUGCUUGUUUGGCAAUUGCUGUGCUAGUUGCUAACAAGGAAAUCGAAGCUGAAGUGUUGAAAUCAGGAACUCUGGAUUUAGUGGAACCUUUUGUAACCACUCACGAUCCUUCAGAAUUUGCCAAGUCUAACUUAGCUUAUGCCCACGGGCAAAGCAAACAUUGGCUCCAAAGACUAGUCCCCGUUUUAAGUUCAAAGCGCGAGGAAGCACGAAAUCUCGCCGCCUUCCACUUCUGCAUGGAAGCUGGAAUCAAGAAAGAACAAGGCAAAACGGACAUUUUCCGUGAAAUCGGAGCCAUUGAACCUCUGAAGAAUGUAGCCAGCUGCCCAAAUGCCAUCGCGUCUAAAUUCGCAGCGCAAGCCUUACGUCUGAUUGGUGAACAAGUUCCUCAUAAGUUGUCCCAACAAGUGCCAUUGUGGUCGGUGGAGGACGUCCAAGAAUGGGUCAAGCAAAUUGGUUUUGGAGAAUAUGAACAGAAUUUCUACGAGUCCCGUGUUGAUGGAGACUUGUUGCUUCAGUUAAAUGAAGAUAAUCUACGUGAUGACAUUGGUAUCUCGAAUGGUAUACGUCGAAGACGGUUUAUGCGUGAAUUACAAAACCUAAAAAGGAUGGCUGAUUACUCGUCAAAGGAUGUGGCAAAUUUGAAUAGUUUUCUGCAAAACAUAGCAGCUGAAUAUUGCACAUACACUUAUUCAAUGCUGAAUGCUGGAGUGGAUCGAGACUCGUUGAGGCAUUUAAAUGAGGAUCAUUUAAUUGCCGAAUGUGGAAUUACGAAUGCAAUCCAUCGACAGAGGAUAUUAAAUAGCAUUAAAAAUUUAGAAUCAACACUACCCUCGUCCUCCGAAGAAAAUAUGGCCAAAACAUUGGACGUUUUUGUCAGCUACCGGAGAUCAAAUGGUUCUCAACUGGCUAGUUUGUUAAAAGUCCAUUUACAAUUACGAGGAUUUUCAGUUUUCAUAGAUGUUGAGCGAUUGGAAGCCGGAAAAUUCGAUAACAAUCUCUUGAACAGUAUUCGCCAAGCGAAACACUUUAUCCUUGUUUUGACUCCAAAUGCUUUAGAACGGUGCUCCGAGGACCAUGAAUGCAAAGAUUGGGUUCAUCGGGAAAUCGUAGCAGCACUUACCUCGAAUUGUAAUAUUAUUCCAAUUAUCGAUAAUUUUCAAUGGCCAGAACCCGAGGAAUUACCGGAGGAUAUGCGUAGUAUAUGUCAUUUUAAUGCAAUUAGAUGGAUUCAUGACUAUCAGGAUGCUUGUGUGGACAAACUUGAGCGGUUCAUGCGAGGCGAAUUAAACACUCGACCAUGUGGACCACUUCGUGGCGACGCAACACCCAGUACCCCAAGCACAGCAUCUACAACUCGUAACAAUCCACCAAUCUACCAAAGAAUGCACAGUAACGAUUCGGGAAAGGGAAGCGAAAAGGAUGGUGUUAAUGGGAAUGGCGUGACAACGGGCAGUAGCAGCAUACAAGGAGCGUUAAAUCCGAAUAAAUACCGAAAAUCAUCGAGUCCGGCCAGACAAUGGUUGACUGCAGGCACAGGAGGCAGCGGCCACAAUCAUCCUGCAAGAGCCCCUAGAGGUCAAUUGCCACCGUAUCGUACACAACACAUACUGAACAAAACAAUGCAGGCGGACUGUGGUGGUCGCAGAAGUUCGGCAGCAGGAUUGACCCACAGACCACCAAUUCCGCCAACAUUCAAUGCACGGAGUCACAGUCUAGAUGGUUUGCUUGACAAUGAGCCUGGAAAGAAAUCCGAGAAGGAUCUCCAGAGCACAGAUAAGGUAAACCAAAAACACAAAGAAGAAUCAGAAGAGACCCUCGAAGUAGAAACACGAGAAAAACCUGCCACGACAAAUCAAACCCGAUCUUCAACCAAUCACAACCGAAAAUCAAGGAGCAUGGACGAUUUGCUGGAUGAAAGUCGUGACAAGGUUGAACUCGAUCAAGACAACAUUACAAAAAGUCUAGAAAACUUAGAAGUGGCGGCGGGUCCAAUUAUAACGAUGGUAGAUUCACCAUCUGUUUCACCGCAACGUGAAUUGACGCCCUCGUCGGCGGAACAACCUUGCGAAAGGGAAACAAUUGUAGUUAAGAAUACACCCCGCCAAAGUCCUGAGGGUACAAGUUCAAAUGAAGAUGAUUUGGAUGAGACACGAUCGAAUUGUAGUCAACUGAGUACAACAUCAAAAGAUACGACCGGUGGCAAACAGAAUAAAACGUUUAUAAAUAGGGCUGUUAAAAAAGUUCGAUCGCUAAUGAAAAAGAACAAUGGCAAACCCCAAGUUGUGACACCAGCAAAUCAAGUGAUCCUUAAUGCUAUUAACAGCAACAAUAAGAUGCUUGCUUGGCGUUAAAAUGAAUGUUUGGCUAGACAAGAAUUCAAAAAAACCUAAAUCAAAAACAGCACAUAAUCUAACCUAAACCAUCCAAAAACAAUCGGCAAAACCAUUGCAUUUCAAACAAAAACUGAACAAAGAAAACAUAACACAUCUCGUCAAAAACUAUGAUUUUUUCUAUUAUAUUUGCAGUAAGACUGGAAAAAAUAUAAAUUGAGUUUUUGGGGAGAGAGAGAAUGAAUAUAUGAGAAAAUACAGAUAAACAAUAUUAAGGUCACAUGGAUAUGUGAAUCGAGAUACGGGAGGCAACGUGGUAAUCAGAUGAUGGCGACGAUUUCUAUUUAAAGUUGUCUGUUUAAAUAGAAAAUCAAUUUUUUUAACUUAUUGUUUGUCUUUUCUUUGUUUAAAUACGAAUUACUGACAAAAACCAACACAGCGACCGAUAGAAGUGUGAUGAAGACGACUCCCAAAAGCAGCUAGAAUAUGAAGUAAAUGUUGAAUAGUUUGUUUCAUUUUUUCUAUGUUUUUGUUGAUUACAACCAUUAUUUUUUUGAUAUACAAAAUAUAUGUAUCGUAAACUACGAAUUUCCAUUUUCCUUAAAUGUUUUCCCAUCCAUACUUUAACGGAAGUGAGAUUUCAAAUAAACUUUGUUAAAAGUCAACCGUUGGUUUUAUUUCAAUCAAUCAAUUCGGCAAACCCCGCCAAAAUUCUAUUAUAUCAAAUCAGUGAGUGAGUGUGGUGUCUGGAUGUCUGGAUUUUCAUUGUGUUUUUCUUUUGAAAGUGAAGCAAGUCUAAAUGUGCCUUACGUUCUAAAAAAUAUUAUUUUUUGCUAUUCUACCAACAAAAGAAGUCCUCGUUUAGCAGAUAUUUGCCAUUUGUGUACUACUAAAGUUUUCCAUCUGGGGAGCAAUAUAUAAACAUAAUUUUUCCCUCAGUGAACCAUCUGUUAACAUUUCACUAAACUGAAAUUAAUAUUAUUCACGCAGAAACUACAAUAAGAACUGAAAAAAGACUAGUGCCUUCUUUUACCUACUCAGAAAUAAUGCCUUUAGCCGGAAUAGCAUUCGGAUUCGUAUCUGUUAGGAACUGAAGGGAAAUUUAAAUCUAGCAGUAGAUUCUACAUAGCUUGUAUUGAUUUUUUAUUUGUAUUUUGAGUCGCUACAAUAAAUAUUUUUAAUUUCGAUAGUUUUUAUUAUUAUUAUUAAUCGCAACUGCCUUCAAUGCACAUUGAAUAACAACUAUUACCUUUAAAUUAUUUCUAUUACCAAUAAGAGAAGAAGAAAGUGGAUUACAAUGUAAACUUUAUACUGAGUUAUGUAGUUACACAGUAAUACUUUUAUUAUAAAGUACCUGUUAAGAGUAUAAUGUGAUUAAAAACCAAUAUUAUUAUGCUAUAGAAAACUGUCCUUGUUUUAAUCUACAAAAUACACACACAACACAACAACAAACUAACCACAAACUAAAAUUGGUUCUAAUACAAUGUGUUAAUAUUUUCUUCAAGAAAAUGGCAAGUAACAUAGAAAUAUUAUGUUAGAAAUAAGUUUGAAAACCUUGUUUAUCUAAAUAAUAAUAAUUUUAAUAUUAUUAUUAUUUUAGAAUAGAAUUAUAUUUACUUUGUGUGUGUAUAAUGUGAUUCUAAAAAUCAAUAUAAACUUUCAAGUAAAAAAAAGGAAAAUAAAAAAAAAAUAAAUAAAGUUAAAAUAUGGUUUUGAAUUAGUUUGUACUUUACUGUUAUUCUAUUGUUAUUUUUCACGUAAUGCAAUAAUAAUUCAUAUAAAACUUCUGUCCAUUUAUUUGUCGUAAGGUAUUAAGAAACCAUGGAGAUGUUAAAUUUAAUGAAUAAUAUUAAUUUAUAAAUUAAUACUACAUUGCAAUAUAUGUAAAACCAUCAAAUUUCUUUUUUGAACAGAAGAAAU